GCAUGGGAUGGAUGGCUGGCCCCCCAUAAGACAUGGGCACAAAAGCGCGCUCGUCCUCAGACAACGAGGCUCGACCGAAGUGGCGAGGCGCACAAAACGGAAUUGGGCUCAGAAACGCGGGAAAUACAUAUCGUUCCAGAAGGAAAUCUAUGAAUUCGUUCUCCAGGGCGCAAACUCUUUUUGGGACGAUCCUUUGCAGGCAAAGAUGAGAAAAGAGAGGACAAGGCUUCGGGAGAGAGUGGAUAGAUGAAGGUCGGCUUGAGGGCUUGAACAAGGAACACGAGGACGAAAGAAACAACUUGAUAACAAAGAAGGCCGUCCUCGCUUGCGAGAUAGUACGUAGGCCGUCACUGUGAGUUGAGUUGUUGGUGUGAGCAGUGUGAUUUUUUUUUCUGGGGGAACAAUUUCCUGAAGCAUUCGACGGAACAUCUCAAACAGCACAAAACCCCAGAGUGAAAAGCAUGUCAAACUUUUGGAGCAAGAAUAACACAAGCACACCGACAUCAAGAACGAAAACAAACUCUUGGGUAGGAAUCUGAGUCUCCUUGUUCCAUUACUUUUGUUUUUCGUGACAAUGAUUCUUGAGGAAAACGCGAUCCAAAGGGAAGUGAAUGGUGUACCAACUCCUUGCCAAUGUAUUCCUAUCGAGACCUGCGGUCAUCCGUGACACGUCAAUGGUUCACAUGACACUGGAGGAGGUGUCUGCCAUCCCAAUCCUUUACCCAAGAAGACAUGUCGAGAGAUGAUUUCUCUUCAUUCACUCAAUUGUGUGGGUAUCUUUGUUUGAGCUCCUCUAAUAAAGAGGUCCACUCAACUGGAACCCUGCUGAACGUACGCAAAGCAACUCCAGAUUACAAUCAUAAAAGCGAAAAAAGCCAGGAAGUAUAUGCUGAAGAAGGGACCGCUAUCAUUACCGAACCACUUCUGUCAUCAUCGACGGACAGUUCAAAAAGGCCUCAUACCGAUAACUCCAACCAACCAAGUUCAAAUAACCAUCGAGGUCGAAGGCUCGAACGGUUCCACUUCCGUAAACACAGACCUUCUUUUGGGGAGCGUAACCAAUCCACAGUUUUAUGUUGCUCUCCCGUCCCACCGGGUCCGGGGCAAGUGGACCUAUGCCCACAGACAUGGUUUUGUUCAGAGUACCCUGAAGAUCCCUCUCAAGCCAACCAACCCUCGGUGCCUCAGACGACCGAGGAACACGGUGGUUCUUUAUGUCAACUACAAAUCAGUGAUAUCCUAUGGCGGGCCCUUUUCUUCAUGACCUGUUUACCUCUCUGCUACCUUUGCUACUUUUCACGAAAGAUGAGACGGCGGAGAAAAAUAACCCGGGCACCCAAUGAGCAACAUACUCGUAAUUGUCAUGAUCUCUCAAGAAACCCCCAUUCCCAGGUUGUGACAGAAGGUCAAGAUUUAAUGGGUCAGACCAUACUUGGCCAGAUGAAACAAAUCAAAUCGGCUCUAAAGGGGACAGUUAACACAAACAUACUCACAAAACCAGAGCAGUCUGAGAGCCAGGAAGACAAGGUCGUGGAAGGGUCUGAGGACACGAUGAGACUACCAAAUGGCACCCCACGGCCAGUGGAAGAAGAUGCCAGUCCGACCAAAGUGAUAAAAAUCAACGUGAUAGUUUUACAUUCCUCGAGUAGCUAUUUGAUUCAUAAAAGGCUUAUUUCCACGUUCGGUGACCCCCCCAGGAGUCCCAGUCUACAGGGGAGCCAAUCGGACGGGAUGCUAAGGACACACACAGCCCCGGCCGAAGGGUUUGCAACGAGAAGCCUUCUUCAAGUCCCGGGAGCCAAAUCCUCAUCGGUCAAACGUUUAGGGUCCUUGCCAAGUUCGUUCUCGACGAGGCACAAUGGUCGUCAGGGUCAAAGUAUGUGUAUUGAUACCCACGACAGUCGACCGACAGAGCCUCUUGUGGUUGCAAAUCACCAUGGUGGGGCCAUAUCCGUCCAUUUCUCAUCUCAAGAAAAACUUUCCACAGUGGUCGAGGACGAAGAUCCCGGCGAAGAGAGCGCUUUGAUCCCAGGGACCACAGAGUCUUUCACUCGGCGCUCAUCGUCCUCGACUUCAGACCAGUUCUACGAUUGCACAGACACCAUUAGUAGUCUUCCUACAGUCUUGCCAGAAGAUGGAGUUCAACGACCUGCCAUUAUCAUUUCUUCUAGUCAAAACGAAGAGGAGGUAGUCAUAGCCGGGUCUUUUGUUCCAACGACCAAAAAGGAACACAAACCGGACCAUUGGAAAAAAGUUCGCACUUUGUCAUGUUUUCUGGGUUUGAGUCGAGCCUCAAAAGGUCACAUAUCAGAUGAUGAUGACCAAACCGUACAGGAUGGACCAAGUGACCCAACACAGCACCAGGGUCGUCGAGUAUCAACCAAUUUAAGCGAAGGAAAUAACUCGUUGGAGUUGAUUGGAAUGCCAAGAAAUUCAGCUCAUGUGGAACAUGAGGCCGUUCAGUUGAGAUCCGGAGAAAAGAAACGACGUUCAGAUUCCAAGUCAAGAUCAAAUUCGAGCCCCUCGUCACGGUUUGUCUCAGGUGCUAGUGUGAAGAGGGAAAAGAAAAACGAAGGGAGCCGAAAAAAAAGCCUAAUCAAGGGCAGAUGGAGCAUGGGUAAAUCUUUCUCAAAAAUUGGACCGCAUAUUAAGGAGGAUCUGGUAAAGAUGGAGUCCUUGGGAAACAGGAUUGAGCUCAUUAAGGACCUCGGGUUCCAAGUCAGUUUCGCCGUCUUCGAUGAGGCUUCGGUUUCACAGUGGAAGGGAAGGGACCUUCAAGAAGCCUUUGACAUUCCAAACAUGGACCUGUUCCUCUUGGCUGUGAGACAGAACAACGUGUCAGAAUUGAACGAGGUACUCAAUACAGAGAGUGGGAUGAUCAGCUACUUGGCCAAGUUCUGGACCGGGUUCUAUCCUUUGCUUCUCAUCGAGAUCCUCAAUAAAAACAUCGACAAUGCGGAAGAGAUUGAGCCAUUUUCGAGACAACUCCGACGAAUUCAUGCAUACUUCGGGGAUGUUCAUCACAUCCGGAUUGCCGAAGAUGAAUUGGACGAUCACAUGGAUUGGAUAGCGGAAUGCUUGGGAAGACUCUAUAUCCACGCACGAUUGUUUCAAUGCUCAAGAGUUUACGGGGAUGGCUUGUCUAGCUUGGAUCGUUGUCCUGGAGGCUGUGAAUUGAACAAACGUCGGACCCGAUCAAGUCAACGAUUAUUCCGCAAACCCAACUUGAUGAAAAAGCAUUCCAGGUCAGCCUAUGGACGGACCAAAUUUAUCUCCGACGACAUUAGUGAGAGAAUAUAAAAUGAAACCAGAUUGUCAAGACAGAUUCAUUGCGUGGCAUUAAAAAUGUUACUCUCCAUAA